GCAGUAAGCCCAUUGAACACUAACCAUCAAGAAGUACAACAAUGACUACAGUACAAAAGAUAAAAGAAAUCGAAGAUGAGAUGGCCAAAACCCAGAAGAAUAAGGCCACGAGCUACCAUCUGGGUCAGCUCAAGGCCAAGCUCGCAAAACUACGACGCGAGCUUAUAUCGCCCUCUGGGGGAGGCGGAGGUGGGCCUGGUCUUGGUUUCGAUGUAGCUAGGACAGGUGUAGCGUCUGUCGGUUUUGUUGGAUUUCCUUCAGUCGGAAAGUCGACUCUUAUGUCGAAGCUCACGGGCACACAUUCGGAAGUCUCGGAAAUUGAUUUCACAACCCUCACGACAGUCCCUGGUACUAUGAAAGUUCACGGUGCACCUAUACAGAUCCUUGAUUUACCCGGAAUCAUCGAAGGGGCAAAUGAUGGAAGAGGUAGAGGUCGACAAGUCAUUGCCGUCGCUCGCACAUGCAAUCUCAUUUUCAUUGUUUUGGAUGUCCUCAAGCCGUUGGGCGACAAAAAGAUCAUCGAAAGCGAGUUGGAGGGCUUUGGUAUUCGCUUGAAUAAGAAGCCUCCAGCGAUUUUAGUUCGCAAGAAGGACAAGGGCGGCGUCGCGAUUACCAAUACCGUUCCGCUCACGAAUAUCGAUCAGGACGAGAUCAAGGCAGUUCUGAGCGAGUACAAACUCAGCAAUGUGGAUGUUACUAUUCGGGAACCUAACAUGACAGCGGAUGACCUGGUGGAUGUCAUUGAAGGGAACAGAGUCUAUAUCCCUGCACUUUAUGUCUUGAACAAGAUCGAUGCCAUUUCGAUAGAGGAAUUAGAUCUUCUAUACAAAAUUCCUCACAGCGUUCCUGUUUCAUCGAGAGAAUGGCUCAAUAUCGACGAACUCUCAGAGAAAAUGUGGGACGCUCUCGAGCUUGUCCGCGUUUAUACCAAACCUCGUGGGCAAUCACCCGACUACUCAGCCCCAGUCGUCCUACGCAGAGGGAGAUGUUCAGUGGAUGAUUUCUGUAACGCCAUUCACAAGGAAAUUGCCAAGCAAAUGAAGUAUGCCGUUGUAUGGGGUUCAAGCGCCAAGCAUUCGCGCGGUCAAAAGGUUGGGUUGGACCACGUUUUGGAGGACGAGGAUGUCGUUCAUAUCGCAAAAAAGUAACGAACGCGAUCAAUGUACGAUUCGCCCCGUGCGGCCCAUUGUAUCUACUAGUACUGCUGUGUAAU